CUGCAAACCCACAGAUAUGGAAGGAUGGUGACAUCAUUGUUGGAGGGACUUUCCCAUUUCAUAAUAGUUGGGAGACCACUGACUUAUCCUAUGUGGUCAAGCCACCUCCAGUGAAGUGCACAAGCCUUGAUAUGAGAACACUCCAGUUUUCCCAGUCAUUGAUCUUUGCAGUAGAGGAAAUAAACAACAGUUCUUCUUUACUGCCAGGUGUCUCUCUGGGAUACAAGAUCUAUGAUACAUGUAGUUUUGCUCCACAGGGGAUUAAAAUGGCUAUGGCACUUGUUAAUGGAAAUGAGAAAUCAAUUUCAGAUGAACCCUGUACAAAGCCAGCCCAGGUCCAAGCUAUAAUAGGUGAAACAUACUCAUCAGUGUCUACGGCUAUUGCAAACAGUAUUGGGCCAUUCAGUGUUCCUAUUAUCAGUCAUUAUUCCACCUGUGAGUGUCUCAGUGACAAAAGGAAAUAUCCCUCAUUUCUGCGCACUGUUCCUGGUAAUUAUUACCAGAGCAGAGCACUAGCAGAGAUGGUCAAGCACUUUGGCUGGACCUGGGUGGGAGCAAUAAGAAGAGAUGAUGAUUAUGGUAACAGUGGAAUGGCAGCAUUUACUAAAAAUGCAGAACAGUUAGGCAUCUGCUUAGAAUACUCACUUCCAUAUUUUAAAACAUACUCAAAAGAAAGAGUAUUGAGAAUCAUUGACCAGAUCAAAAUCUCAACUUCUCGUGUGAUUGUUGGAUUUCUUGAUGCCUGGGAUUUGGAGGAUCUAUUGCAAAUAUUUUUUGAACACAAUAUCACUGGAUAUCAGUGGGUGGGAACAGAGGGCUGGAUGAUUGACCCAGAGCUAGCCAGUUUGGACAAAAAAUACAAUAUACUGCAAGGAGCUAUAGGGCUAGCUAUCCCCAAAGCAAACGUGACAGGUCUUCAGGAUUUCAUUCUAGAUGUAAAACCACUGAAAUCUGUAGGCAGUGCCAUUUUUCCUGAAUUCUGGAUGGCUUUGUUUGACUGUGAAUAUACACUGCAGAAUGAUUCAAAGGGCUUGCCCAUGUGCACAGGAGAAGAGAAGCUGUCUGAAGUAGAAAACACAUUCACUGAUAUGUCACUGAUGCCCAUUUUUAGUAAUGUGUAUAAAGGAGUUUAUGCUAUUGCCCAUACACUACACAACCUCCUUGGCUGCAAUAAAACAUGUCUUACAAAGCAGCAGCCUGGUCCUGUCACAGUGAGUAUAUAAACAAUGUUUAUUAUUAUAAUUAA